ACCACAUGGGUGUGAUGCUCAGGUGUCCGCAUAUAUUGGCCAUACAGUGCAUGUACAAUAAUACUCUUUAUUACAUAGUAUUGAUAUGUGAUAUAUUCAGGCUGACUGCCUGAAGACUGUCUGUCAGUACAAAAUUAGAAUAGACUGCCCACUCAUUUUUGUUUGUUGACAAUGGAAACAAAUCUGCAAAACACACAUUUGCCUACAUUUGCAGCCGGUAGGAGGAGAUCUGAGCACGACAGCCACAGUGAUGAAAUUAGGUGUCUGCUGAUUUCAGUAUAAAUUUCAGACUUCACCAAACUGUGCUUUAGACAGUAACAUCGAUUAUCCGGGCAGCUGCACCCGUCACUGCAUUUAGAAAGAAAAGACAACUUGAUGAGAAUUUGAGAUGGAUACAGCAAACUUGAUAAAGUCUAUAAUCAGAGGCAUUAUGUGUCUGGCUGGAAUCAUUGGUAACAACUGGCUGUGCAUCAGCUCCCUGCCAAAAUCCAUUUCUCAGCUCCGAACUAACGACGCCCUAUUUGUAAACUUGGCUGUAUCCAAUCUGAUCACUAAUUACAUGGUGGACAUCCUCAGCAUUUUCCAUACUGAACAGUAUUUACCACCGGGAAAGGUGUAUUGCGGCAUUCGAUUUUUCCUGCCUGAAUUCUCGGAGACCAGCAGCAUCUUGACCACCAUGUUCAUCACUAUGUACUGGCAUCAGAAGCUCGUGGGCUCUCUGAAGCGCGGAGGAGCUCCUGUGCAAAUGGACAACAUCCGCCUCAUCAUCGCACUGCUGAUAGGAAGCUGGACCUUUGCACUUGUCCUCAACAUGCCUCAUUUAUUCUUCGUCGCUGAAGACAGUGAGAACACGACUAGUGCGGAAUGCAAGGAAGAGCUGCCUUCGCCCGAAGCCGAGCAGGCCUACGAGGUGGUGUACAUCACACUCGCAAAUGUGAUUCCACUUACCGGGAUUCUUUACGCAAGCAUCCAGAUCACAAUUACACUGCUGCAGAAUGAAAAGCGAAUGAAGAAAAUGAGUGCGGCAGUCAGAAAUGGAGGAAACACCUCAGCCGAGAAAAGCGGAGACAACACUAAUAAUGUAUCAACAGUUACCAAGUCCAAGUCACAAGCCAAAUCAGGAAGUCUGGUGAGGGCCGCCAAGAGUGUGGUAACAGUGGCCAUUUUUUUCUUAUUUUGCUGGGUAUUUCACCUCAUCGUCAGCAUUCUUGAUUCUGUCUCACCAUCCAAUGUGUUAAUGGACUUGGAGAGCUUUGUAGGAGCAUCCUAUACAUGCAUCAUCCCUUAUAUUUACCUGUACGGUGUGCAAAAGAUGACCUGCUCCAGAUGUUAAGGACACGUGAUAAGUUAUGAGCGAGUAGUAAUUCAGUAAGCUGUAAUUUAAUGCUGUACGUGACGGAAUUAGAUUUGAAAUAUCACACAAUGAAAAAAUUAAUGAAAAUAGAUAAGUGAAAAAAAAGUAUAUAACUAUAAUUUUUUUUGCAUUUUAUUUGUCUGCUAAUAAUCUCUUACUAACCAAAAUAAGUUGCUGUAUAAUAAAUGGUAUGAUUGUAAUGCACAAUUAAAUGUAAAAAAAAUUGUUAAUUUUGAAAACAUAUUUUCAUUUGGUGAAACUCUUUAUUAAGGUUUAUCAGCACUUCAUGUCUGAUCCUCUGCCCUCAGACCUCAGUUACACAACAUUAAUCAUGCUGUCGUGUGGAAUUAUGAACUGAUGCACUUUCUUAAACAGAACAGGGGCAAUUUGUCAUUGUGUCAUGGAGGGGGCUGAGAUGGUUAAUUUGGUGUAAUGGAGAUUUACCCCUGAAGGUGAAAUGUAUUGUUAAAUUCAGUAUAAAACAACA